GGGACUGAUGAUGAGAAUGCGGAUGCCAUGGCAACCGGUCGAUGAUAUCCAAACCUUUUUUUCUUCCUGUGCACAAUUAUUCGUUUUGGUAUGCGCCGUGCGCCUUCAUGGACGCUCACCUCUACAGAGUGAGUUUACAGAACAUGAAGAGGACUUCUUCUCAUCAGCAACGGAGGAGACGUGCGCGCUCAACAAGUAGUUCAUUUUCUUUUUUUAAAGGAGACUUUUGAAAUCAUCGGAACGCACAUGCGUGUGGACAUUGUGUUUUUUCCCCGCGUUUGGCGUGUGCUGAAUGCCAAAAAAGAACCAGAAUUCUGGACACAUUUGAAAUCCGACCAUUUUGGGACUUCAUACAACCGGCUGCUGGUUUUCCAAUCAUUAAAUCACCAGACCAAGUUGAUACCAGCAUCACUUUAGUGGAUUGGCGCUCCGUCUGUCUGAGCGCUUCUGCCUCUGCGCGCCUUUCUUCGCCAUGAAGGUCGCGUUUCUCCCUCGGAUCCCCAUGUGUCCGCGCGUGUCGUGGACUCCGCAUGGGUUACACUGGGGUUAAUGUGACUCCAUCCCGCCGACGCGUGUCAGCCGCUGACGCUCUGCUUUUGUGCGUGCGUGUGUCUGGAUGAAUCGGCGCGCCUCGAACUGUGAGCCCCCUUUAACGUGCGCCUGUAAUUGCGACAGUCAUUAUUUCCAUGCGUUCUAUCAGGGGAGUCGAUGUUCUUCAGAGUGAUCUUCGGAUGAAUGCACCCCCUCCCCUCCCACAUACGCCCCAAAAAUCUCUUAUAUAAUGGCAUAUGCUGAUAAAAACGCAAAUUGGCUGAGCUCUCCGGACAUGCAUGCUGCACAACGGAACGCAGUCGGCUUUUGAGAGUCGAACACUCUUCAUAGACCGGGAAGCCGGUGCCAACAUGACCGGCGUCGGCGCGAUGAAGGCGGCUGUGGAGAGGAGAGGGAGGGCCUCGAGCGAAGAGCGACGUUCCAAGGACGAGGAAGGAGGAAUGAUGGGGAAACAUCUGUAAGGGCAAAUGAGACUCAACUUGAAGAGGAAAAGUGGGUCCGCGCGCGUCACGCGGGAAGGAUGAAGGACUCCUUGUCUUCACGGGGCCAUUUCCAAGGGCACAGAGGUAAGGAUGGCAACUCUGCCGGAGACGAGGCGGAGGUGUGAGCUGUCGGCACAAUGAAGCUUUCAGAACCACUUCUGUUUGAGGCUGUGACAUUGACAUUUUCACCUAUCUAGACACUAGGGGGACACAUUUAAACAAAAGCUUUCCUGAGGAGGGAGGGAGGGAGUCUACAGGUUAUUGCCGCCCUCCUCUCAAACUCCCCGAGUGUUGGGAUGGAUGGGGUGGCAGGAGGUGUGGAUGCGCCUGGGAGCGGCGGGGGCUCUGGAGGUGACAGCCUGCCCAGGCGUAAUGGAGGGGACAGUAAGCGACGCAGUAAAGGCAGCCUUCCCUCCCCGGGCUACAGGCUGUCCCAGGCGUCCCUGGAGGGGGAGAGGGGCUCCUUCGGGGCGGACGGCUCCUCCUCUGGUGCGCGCGGCCGUCGCUUCUCCAUUAUCAGCUCCUCAACUAGGGAUGGGAUCGCUUUUCGCACAGCUGGGACCCCAACCAUCCCGCUUGCCCUGCCGCCGCCGCCCGCCUCCUCCUCCUCCUCUGGCGCACACCCCCCACCUCGCUCCGUCGGGUUUGCGUCCCGCGCCGCCCUGGCCUCCACCUCCUCCACUGGGACAGGAGUCAUGGUGGUGGCCACCGGCGCAGAGACGACCACCACCACGGCUUGUAACACCACCGCCGCGGGCACGCCAGAGGCGAUGGGUCAGUCUGGGUUCGGCGGGUUUGGCAUGGGCUUGGACGGGGAGGACUACAGCAAUUCGAACCAGAGCACCUUCAUCCAGAGACAGUUCGGAGCCAUGCUGCAGCCGGGGGUCAACAAAUUCAGCCUGCGCAUGUUCGGAUCCCACAAAGCUGUGGCGAUGGAGCAGGAACGGCUGAAAUCAGCAGGAGCCUGGAUCAUCCACCCUUACAGUGACUUCAGGUUCUACUGGGACCUGCUAAUGUUAAUAUUGAUGAUGGGCAACCUAAUCGUCCUUCCAGUAGGCAUCACAUUCUUCCGAGAUGAGAACACUGCCUCGUGGAUCAUUUUUAACGUGGUCUCAGACACUCUCUUCAUGGUUGACCUGGUUCUCAACUUUAGAACUGGCAUUGUCAAGGAAGACAACACUGAGAUAUUGCUUGACCCAAGGGAAAUACGCCAGAACUACCUGAAGAGCUGGUUCCUCGUGGACUUUGUUUCAUCCAUCCCGGUGGACUACAUCUUUCUGAUGAUGGACAGUCUGGACUCUGAGAUCUUCCAUAUGACCUACGACCUUGCCAGUGCCAUGGUGAGAAUAGUAAAUCUGAUUGGAAUGAUGCUGCUCCUGUGUCACUGGGAUGGGUGUCUGCAGUUCCUUGUACCUAUGUUGCAAGACUUCCCUCAUGAUUGCUGGGUUUCCAAGAACCUAAUGGUGAAUGACACAUGGGGUGUGCAGUACUCGUACGCUCUGUUCAAAGCCAUGAGCCACAUGUUGUGUAUCGGCUACGGCGCACAGGCUCCAGAGGGGAUGACUGAUGUGUGGCUCACCAUGCUCAGCAUGAUUGUGGGCGCCACCUGCUAUGCCAUGUUCAUUGGCCAUGCCACCGCUCUCAUACAGUCACUGGAUUCCUCACGACGACAGUACCAGGAGAAGUAUAAGCAGGUGGAGCAGUACAUGUCUUUCCACAAGCUUCCUGCAGACAUGCGCCAAAAGAUUCACGAGUAUUAUGAGCACCGCUUCCAAGGAAAAAUGUUCGAUGAAGAGAAUAUCCUGGGAGAGCUUAGUGAACCACUGAAAGAGGAGAUAGUCAGCUUUAACUGCAGAAGCCUGGUGGCUAAUAUGCCGCUGUUUGCCAACGCCGACCCCAACUUUGUGACUGCUGUACUGACCAAGCUCCGCUUUGAGGUGUUUCAGCCAGCUGACUUUAUCAUACGUGAAGGCACCGUUGGACGUAAAAUGUAUUUCAUCCAGCAUGGACGAGUCAGUGUGCUGACUCGUGGAAAUAAAGAGACCAAGCUGAGUGAUGGAUCUUACUUUGGAGAGAUCUGUUUGCUGACUCGUGGGCGGAGAACAGCCAGCGUCCGAGCAGACACGUACUGCCGACUGUACUCUCUAAGUGUGGACAGUUUCAAUGAAGUUCUGGAGGAACACCCAAUGAUGCGACGUGCCUUUGAAACAGUUGCAGUUGACCGUUUGGACCGUAUUGGCAGGAAGAAUUCUAUGCUUUUACGGAAAUCAUCCCAGGGAGGUUCUAUGGGAGGCAGCCGUGGAGGUCGGGGGCCAGGGGCUGGGGUUGGCCUUGCAGCAGGUGGUUUGGGUUCCUGCGACAGCAUGCUCGUGCAGCAGAUUGUUAAACAUGACAGCAUGCCAGCCAUGCAGGACGCCAUUGCAGCUGCCGCUGCAGGAAGAAGUGGCAUGAUGGGUGGGAGUGGCACAGUGUCACCUCGGCCUCGUCCGGUCAUCUGGGCGCCACUGGUCCAUGCUCCACUGCAGACUGCAGCUGCCACCAGUAAUGUAGCCAUUGCUCUGAUGCACCAGCAGCAACAACAGCAGCAGCAGCUGCAGCAGCUGCAGCAGCAACAGGUCCUUGGAGGGGCUUUCUUCCUGUCUUCCCCACUGAUUUCCCCUUCUCCCUCCACAACAUUUCCUCUUUCUCCUCCUCGGGCUCCGGUCCUACAACCUCUUCGCCCCUCCGUCAGCUCUCUUAUCGGGAUGAUGACAUUGGGAGGAAUGAGUGGUUUGUCCCCAAGAGGAGGAUUUCCUGCCUCUCCUUCAGCAAUGGGUCCUCCUGGUGGGGUGGCAUCCUCUCCUGUUCCCAAAACGUCAUCCACUCCAGCUUCUUGUGGCUCAACUUCUGUCCAACACGGAAGAACUCUCUAUUACAGCCCCCGAUUUCCAGCUGAUCCCUCCAUGACUGUCGGAGCACCUGGAACCCCAACGGGGGCGGGAUCAACCCCACCACCUCUCAAGAUUUCAAACACCAACCCUGCUGCCUCUAGUAGCCCUCCAGAUGGCAGCCAAUGUAAGCAGGGUGCAAAAGAGGCGUUACUACGUCACGGAGGGAAUAGCUGUCAGGGUCUGCCAGCCUUGGGCAGGCUCACGCAGGAGGCCAGGCUACUGUCUGCCUCACAGCCCACUCUGCCUCAUCGUUCCUGGGCUGGAUUGCAGCCUCACCCUUCGCUUCAUCGAAAAGCCUCUGGUGGUAAUUUGUUGGCAGCUCCUUUCCUGGCAGGACAGUUGGCCAGGGGAGGAAGCGCAGGUUUACUGACCUCUAACCCCCCAGUGCACCUCAUGACAAAUAUUCCCUUUAUAGCACAAUCCACAAUUCCUGUUCAGGCUGCACUAACUCAACCUAUCUCUGCAGGCACAGCUUCCUUCACACAGACUGCAGUUCACACUGCAUCUGAUCCCACAUCCACAGCUGUACACAUGCCUACCACAGGUUAUUUACCAUCAUCCUCCCCUCCAAAACAGACCCCCUUCUCCUCUGCCACCCCCACUCCUUCAACUCCCACAACCGUGCUGUCUCAGACGCCGCGUCCAAAACCCAUCUCAACAACCCCCUCUCGCUCCUCCUCUCCUUCUCCCUGCUCCACCCCUCCUUCGGCUGGAGCAAGCCCACUUUCAACUCCCCGUCCCAAACCCAUUCCAGCAUCAUCUCCUCGCUCUUCCUCGCCUUCUCCAUCAUCUACACCUCCUCCUAUCUCUGUUUCUUCUCCAAUUUCCAUACCUUACCCUCAAAGUCACAAACCAUCGCUUGCAUCCUCUUCUCCUCCUUCCUCACUGCAACCCUCUUCUCUGGGUCAUCCCCAGAGUCCCAAAACCAAGACAUUUAACACACCACUUUCUGCUUCCCUGCUGUCUGGGACCGGUCCUGGCCUGACGCCGACCAAUCCAAUGAUGGCUUCUAUUCAGACAUCCCCGACUGCUCUUUUUCAAACUUCUUCAUCCUCCUCAUUUCCAAAUAAUCCCCAUAAUCCGACACAGUGUCUCCAGCCCUCUGUCCCUGGCUCACCGAAAGGUUACACCUCAAGCCAGACCCCAAAACAAGUGUCUCCUCCUACCUCCAUCCAAACCUCUGCCCUAACACCAAUCAGCACUACUUCUCCGACUAAAAUAACUUUUUCAGUUCAUCCUGUGAAGCAAAACUCUCCGGUCCUCACCCCAAGUCCUACUUCGGGCUCAACCGUCACUCAAAUCUUAUCAAUAGCCUCACCACCACCCUCCUGUCCAAAUCAAAGCCCUGGCAACUCCUCCGCUCUUCCCACCACCGCAACUACCACCAUCUUGCCUUCUGUCCAUUCUGCCUCUAUUCAGUCCCCCAAACAAGCUCAGACCUGCCAGGCGUCUACCGCUACGACCAACCCGGAGGCACAUGGAGGCACCUCUGCCAACUCCACUCAAAUUAAAGGGGCAAUUCAGGACCCCCAGCUUUCUCUCACCAAAAGAGACUCAGAGGGACUGCGGCACAAACUACCUGCCAACAUGUAAUAAAGCAGAGAAGGAGAAUCACGACUAGUGCUCAUUGGAGGAGCGGUGGACGUGCAGACUUGUAUCAGAGUAGGCAAUAGGUCGAUGGCCUAUCAUGGACAGGUACACCCUCUUUGUAUUUACUCUAGGCUGUGAUUGUUUUAGAUCAUCAGGUGUUCAUGUGACUCAGAGCCAAGCCAUCACUCCGAGGUUAAGAUUUCAUGAGUCUGUUUAGUGUGCAGUACUCUCUACGCAGAGUUACAUCCAGAUGUAUACAUGUAUAUCUGUGUUAGUGAUUGUUGGAGCAAGCAGGGGAGCCGAAGUGGAAACAAGCCACACUACGGGAACCAAUAGGAAGAGGGCAGAUUAACAGCAGAGAUUGUUAAAAAAUAAGGAAACUAGCAAUACUUGGGGUGCAUUUGACUCAUAACAGGAAACGGCCCAGACAUUUAUGACAAAUGAAAGAAGCUAAGUGUUUUAGCUGUUCUGAAAAACGGCCAUCGUACAGAUAAAUAGCAGACAUUAUAGCAAGCACCACCUGGUUUCCAGUUCCAGCUCCCUUUUGCCUCCUAUCUUUCACCAAAGUGUAAUAUUUUUUCAUCUAAAUAGGGAAUAUAAGGAUAUAGCAUUUACAAAUCCUUGUAAAGAUGCAAAUUUGAAUUAUUAGGAACAGUUUGCUGGUAGUUUGUUGUUCCAAGUCUGUGAUGUUACUUUUCUUCUUUUUUCAAAUGAAAACAACAACAAUCUUUUCCAAUCUGUGUGUGUCACAGAUUGUGUCACACACAACACUAUUCUGCUGUGCACUGUGGCUACCAUAGUUUUAUCCUCUGCAACUCCCUGUAUUGUAAAUACGUGCCUCUCGGUGGGUCUGCUGUGAGCUUCCUUAGCCCUCGGCCUCUUUGUCUUUCAUCUCGUCUGUGUAGCUGCCUUUCAUCUGAUUUUACAGCUCUGGUCGCUAACUGUUUCUUUGACGUCCGCAGUCUAGCUCUCCUCCCCUCAGCUUGCCUGACACUUCCAGCGGCCUCGUGUUCAACUGGCCGCCUGCUCCUUCGGCCGUCCUGUGACACCGCUUCAGCAUCACGUCCACUGGUGUUUGAUGUUUUCUGUGGGUAGCAACAACACAUUUCCUUCUCAACCCCCUGAUACCAUGUUGCCUAGAUUAUAUUAUAUUUAAGGACCAAAUGUUUUAUUUUUAUUUAUCAUAGCUUUAGCUUUUAAAAAGUAAAUAUGGCAGAAGUGAUUAACUUGAGUGUGUCUAUGAAGGGAACUAUUUUUCCCUAUGAUGAUGAGGAUGGUUGUGUGUUGGUGGUGUACAUCUGAAUGCAAGAAUAAAGUGGAUUUAGAUACAAACUUCA